AUGUCUUCUGUUGAUGAUAAAGUUAAUAUUGUUAUGGAUGACUUUGCGAAAAUGACACAACAGAAGCCACCAGAACUUGUAUCUGUUGUUGUACAACUCCACGAAACAAAAGUUAGUCUUAAGAGACUUUAUAGACUACAAAAUGGUCAAUCCGAAUGGCUCGACAGAACUUUUUCUAGAGUUAAUAAAAAUAUACCACUGGAAGAACAAGGAACACGGUUUGAAGGAAUGGACUUUAUCUCAAAAGCAUUUCAUGAUUUGAAUGCAAUAAUGGAAGUGCACAAUAACAACUUUUCUUUGUUUUUUUUACAAUUGGAUUGUCGAAAUUGGUUAGGAACCGAGGAAUAUAAGAAAAUAAAUGCAGGAACAAUUGGUCUGCUGAACACCAAUCUUCGAUCAAAACACGCAUUGGUCAAAGUUAAAAAAUUUGAAAUGUACGCAACUGAAAAGGAAAUACUUCAAGUUCUACCGUAUUUUGAUCCAAAAUCAAUUAAAUCACUUGAUUUACACAUCCAUGAUCAUAAAAAGGAGAAACUGGUAAUCACAGAAAUGGAUCAUUGGAAAAAUGCAGACGAUGUCAGUGUUGUAGGAAUAAAAUUUGACUUGACUGUUCAUGACUUUCUUCAUUUUUCGAAAGUUCGUGUUGCUCUUCACACAAUCUCAGCAGAGAAUGUUCUUUUCUUGAAAGAGCUUCUUCUACAAACGCGGAAAGAAUUAACAUUUUGGUAUAUUAAUUUUGUGAACAUGGACCAUCUCCUGGAACUGCUUGGAAAUGCAACUACUGAAAGUGUCGGCGAGUUUGCCAAAAAGGGAUGGUCAUUUCCAAUACCAGGAAAUGAAAAUGAAGAACUUUGCAUUGAGAUCACAUCUAAAUGGGUUCUGUUCAAAUAUGUUGAAGCAGAAGGAUGGAUACUUUUGGAUUCCCUUUUAAUAAUUCAUGAUUAA